AUAAAAAUGAAAGUUUAAAUCGCAUUAGUUCUUUUACUUGCUUUGGUAAGCGCUUAGACAGGAGGAUGGAAGAAAUAAAACACUACAAUCUUCUAAGCAGCAAACUCUAAUAUCCUCAAUGAGGCUUAGAUCGCAGUUUAAAACAAAUAUUCACCAGAAGAACAAGGCUAUGAAUUUGAAUCAGUUGUUUCCGUUGAAACACAGAUCGUCUCUGGAACAAAUUACAAUAUAGUGUUGUAAUAUGGAAAUGAUGAGGGAGAAAUCUAAUAAUACGAUGUUAUUGUUUAUUCAGCCCCAUGGAAUGGAUAAGAUCAAAUCACUAAAUGUGAAUUAAUAAAUGGAUAAUCAGCUUCAUUCGCAUAAACUCAACCCAGCAGAACUCAAAUUGGAGGAUCACCUCAAGUUACAGUAACCAAACCAAGUUCAUUGAGAUUGAAAGUCAGAAGAUAAGAAAACGUUGAUAGUCAUCCUACCGGAACAUGGGAAAAUGUUAAUCCAGAAGUCUUUGAACAAAGCAAUGACAGCAUUAUCAAUUAAGCCAACAUUGUUGUUGCCCAAUAAUACAACCCAUAAUAAUAGGGAUACGAAUUCGACGAAGUGUUGGAGGUCUAAACUCAAAUGGUGUCUGGAACCAACUACAAUAUUAAAUUGUUAUAUACAAAUGGAGAAGGCUCAUAUUAGACCUAUGAUGUCUACCUCUACAUCUGCCCUUGGAACCCUUCAGCAAAUUAAUAAAAGGCUACCUUAACAGGAACCUAUUCAGUCUGAUUUAUUCAUCAUUCAAUAAAAUAAAAUUAUAAUAUUGUGUUGUUA